AGGAAAUUCUUAUCAAACAUUUCUAUUAAUAACCAACUGAGCUGCAAAACAUAAUAUACAAAAUAUACUUUGGGGUGCAUUUCUUGAUAUAACAAAUGUUCUCGGAUAUAAUAUUUAUUGAGUGUUAUAUUUCCAAGAAAUCAUGCAAAACCUCAUUCCUUGAUAAGCCAGUGUGUUGAAAAUAUGUUGAACCUUUAAAAGGGCCAGUCGUUCAAGAUUUUUAGUUAGUCAAAUUUUUUUCAGCCACUCGCAAUGAAAGUUAUCCGUGGCUUUGCUCUCGCCCUUUGUGUGGCGUCAGCUUGUAUGCCUUCUAUAGCCGAUACCUCAUAUGAAAGUUGUACCAGACGCGAUGGAAUUUCUGGAUAUUGUAGGCCUUUUAGAAAUUGUCCCAAGAUUUUAGAAAUUAUCCGACACAAACCGCUUACGGCUGUUGAACUAAACUACUUAUCGAAUUCAAAAUGUCCCAUACCUAAAAAGGGUUUUGCCUGCUGCGAAGAAGAGGAGAGUGCGGGAAUGACACUAUUGAAGGAACAGGACUGUGGAUACUUUGGUGGAACAUUAAAGACAAUCGGCGGAACCGAAGUUAAAUUAAUGUCAAGACCUUGGAUGGCUCUACUUAUGUUUAGAAAGCUCGGGCAUGAUGAGUUCACUUGUGCCGGUACCCUAAUAACAAAACGUUUUGUACUAACCGCUGCGCAUUGUUUCAAUAGUCAAGAAUUAUUAUAUGUUCGUUUGGGGGAACACGCGAUAUCCACUACAAGAGACUGCGCUUGGGAGAAAUCAAGAAAUAUAUGCGCGCUGCCAGUUGAGGAUUUUUUGUUUGAAGGGAUCAUUGUGCACGAGGAUUACUCGCAACAAUCUAAGCACAACGACAUAGCAUUGGUAAAGCUAUCAAAAGACGUGGAGUUUAAACGACAUAUUAGGCCCAUCUGCUUGCCUGUGAAUGCAACACUCCAACAACAACCGGAAGGAAUGGAAGAGUUCCAUAUAACUGGUUGGGGCAAAACUGAACAUGAAUUGUUGUCUGAUAUUCCCAUGGAGAGCAAAAUCCCUAACAAGCCUCGCGAAGACUGCCAAAGAUCCUUUUAUACGGAUAUAAGAAAAUCCCAGCUGUGUGCUGGUAACCUUGGCAAGGACUCCUGUAAUGGCGAUUCUGGUGGUCCUUUAUUAUACUUGAGCGAAUAUAACGAGAAGCAAAGGUACGUGCAGUUCGGUAUAGUAAGCUACGGUUCGACUAAUUGUGGUGAUGGGUAUCCCGGGGUGUACACAAAUGUUGGCAGCUAUAUGCGCUGGAUAGCCGAUAAAAUAAUCGCCAAUUAGUUGACGGUUUUAUGUGAAUAUCGAAUAUAUUAAUAUGGAUAUAUAUACAUA